ACCACCGCAUCCCAGUGCAGCAGCUGGUUCCUGGCUGGUACGGGAGCAGUAAUUGCCCUCUCUGUGGUGGAGAGAAGACCUCUUACGUGUGUGUGCCUGUUGAGUGGCAAUGAGAGGCUCAUGCGAUGGUUUGGCGUGUAAGGCUGGGCAGUGGGGGAAAAGCCUUGUUUCUAAGGCAGCUGAAAGGUGUUCUUGUGCCAAUCACCAGUCCCAACUUCCAGUGUGAAAUGGCUCUGUAGGGGUGGGGGAAAUGAGCAUCAUCUGUGCAGUGCUUAUGUAUGUGUUUAUAAUGGGUCUGUCGUUGUUACUCUAAUGCUAAAACAGCAUCCGGCUGAAAGAGCUUGACUUGCUGUUCAUGAGCUGUGCUAUUCCUUUUGCCUAUAACGGCAGAAGUCCCUUGAUCAGCUUAAUUUCUGUUUGCUUAAUUGGGUAUGUUUCAGGUUUUAAUGUGUUGCUGUAUUGCUGCAAAGUGUACAUAGCAAGCAUGUGUUAAAAUGUUUCAGCUGGAAACAUCAAAGCUCAUAUGAAAUCCAUUGGUCAUGGAUGCUGCAAAUCUGCGGCUUGCUUGAGUAUCUCUUUUGGCCUUGGAAGAAGUUUUAAGAAAGCACUUUAUAAGAUCUUGUUCCCUUUUGAGUAAGACAAAUUACUGCUUAAAAGGGGCUGUACUGAAGUCCUGAAUGACAAUUUUGGGAAGGCAGACAAAGGUGGUUUUUAAAGGAUGUUGCCUCUUCCUUAUCUCAAUGAGACUGAAAUGAGGAAUGAGCCAGGUGAAGAACACCAGCUAAAGUAACCACGGCGAUGUGUUGAGAACCUGGUACCUGCCCAAACAAACUGCAAUGGACAACUGAAAACAAUGGCAUGAAUUAUCAAGAAAAUAGAUUAUGUUUAGGUUCUUGAGUAUAAAGUAGUCCAGUGCCAGGUUCCAGGUGUUCAUGGAGCAAAACAGUACUCAUAAACAUGAUGGUUUCAUGUCUUUUUGUAGUUCAAAUCCGUUACAAUACCCUUUUGUGAUGCAUUGCUAGUUGGCUAUUUCUGGGAUGCAAGGAAUGCUUCUAGGAAACACCAGUCUACUGUAUUUUGUGGUUAUACUUCAUGCAGUGAUAGGCACCCUAAAGAAGGCAACUGCGCUUUGUCUGUUCACUCUGUAGUUGCCAACUUCUACUUGUUUGGAAAAAAUAAUGGGAUCUUUCCAUUCAUGGUACCCUCGGUGAUGUAUGAAAGGCAGUAAUGGCAGUUCCCAAGGAUAAUUGCAACACCGCAUGACUAUCUCCUGUUGCUUUAGUAAUUGAAUUUACUCCCCAGUUUGUGGUGAUUACUGGAAGAGUUUGCAUAUAAGGACAAGUGGGCUGUUUGCAAUGGAUGACUGAGGCUUAGAUGCUUUCUUAGAAGAGAAUGAGAUAAACGUAGUUUGGAAACAGGGUGCAUUUUGACAGGAGCCUCUCUGGUAUUUGAGUGUGUUUGAAAAAGACAAUGGGCAUUGAUUUCAUAGGCUGUGCAGUCUUUCUCUUCAGAUUGACUAGGGCUUUUUGAAGAUGGUAGAGGUGUGUGUGUGUGUUUCACAAUACCAUUUUCAUCCUUUUAAAAGAGAGUGGAAAAGAAUGGUGCUUCAAAUGACAGAGUGAUUGACAGCUUGCUUUUAAAAUUUGAGGGAAUGAAAGCAGUCCCCUUAAAUUGCACUUACCUGUUAGCAGCAACUUAAGAAUCUGUGCUCAGCUUGAGUGUUGUAUGUAUAAUCAUCUGCCUUAGUGGCUAGAUUGCAAAUUAGGUCUCCCAUCUAUGUUGUAACUCUUCCAGGUUAGGAGACAAUGCAGAUUCUCUGGAUAUGUGGACAGAAGAAACUGGCCUGUGUUUGAAGCUUUGCAGGGCUGUAGCAUGAUACAUGAACAAAUUUACACUUGUUAAGCAGUUAAAUGGAACCUUAAGUCAAGGCACUACCUUUCCUAUCAGCCCUGGAGAAAAUACAAUUAUGGAAGAGAUGUGAGCAGGAUUUCCAGUCAAUGAAGAGGGUAAGCACUGUACUCCAGCUGGAACCACGUUGCUCUGACUUAGAAUCAUAGAAUAGUUAGGGUUGGAAAGGACCCUGAGAUCAUCUAGUUCCAACCACCUGCCAUGGGGGACUCCUGUAAACACAUUUUCUUUUUAUACCUGUUCUUGUUUGAUGUCACACAGAUCUGGUUAGAUAUAAAGUGUUCUGGAAAAGCAGCUACAGUCUGCCUUGUCUUGGUAGCAAAAUAAUUCAGCUUUACUAGCAACAAGUUCUUUUUGAGGCUGCAGGCGCAUGUGUAAUGCUGGAAGUCUUUGUUUUCCAGGUUGUCUGUUGCAUACUGUGUCUGUUCCCUUCAGGCAUUCCUGCUCUGCUAGACAUGAUUGUCUGCUGAGAAACAGGAAGACAGUAGGGUCCAUAAUACUUUCAGGAUUAAGGCUGGUGGAUUGGAGACAAGAAAUUAAUAAGGAAAGUACCUAAAGCCUUUGGCAAACUAGGCUAGAUGUGAUGAGAAAUAUGCAUGCUUCCUUGUUUGUAUUUCUUCUUAUUUUUCUUCAGAGCAAAGCAACAUUCAGAAGAAUGUGACUGUUGAUCUGUGUAUGGGCACCACAGGUUGAAUAGACAUUUCUCAUCACUGGCUUGAUGCUGCUGCAUUCAGUGUAACCCCCAGCCAGCCAGCAGAACUGCGUGCUGUACCUCUGUCAGCUGGGAAGAGAGAUCCCAGUCUGAGACAGACUAAUCCCUCCUGCCCUUCCUGGCCACUGCAGGACACUCCAGUCAGUUCUCCAUUUCCUGCUUCCAGAAGCAGAAUAAUCCCUGCCCUAGGCUGCAGCAGCACAGCUCUAAAUGUGUGGCACAUAGGAUUCCCCAUCUUGCUUUGUCACUGCUCCCAGCUGUGAAUCUUCCUCAGAGACAGUCACACCUUGAGGUUUACAGUUUAGAAGGGAGAAAGAGUGAGAGUAUUGACUUACCUCAACAACACCAUCAGAAAGAAAGGCAGCUGGCAGCUGCUCCAUACACACUGCUCACCAUCACUGCUUAGAAGUAGGAACAAGAAUAGUGACUAUCCAGUGAUAAAACAACAGCCUCAGCCUCCUGCUACUUCUUGUAUGGAUCCUCUGGACCCUUUACUGGUCAGUGCACAUUUAUCAUCUCGUACUGUAGAUUCCCUUCUUAGGCAGGAAUUACUGGUGUGUCCUGCCUCAAGGAGCUCAAGUGAAAGUGUGAAUGCUUGUUCUAGUUCAGCCCUGACCUUGGGGGAGCUUGAGCUAUCUAGUGUGGAGUCUCUUCAGACUCUUUUGCAGUCCUCACAGAUUUCUGCUAGCUUGUACUGUGCAGUCCAGAGGCUUAAGCGAGAAAGUGCUUUGAUGGGGAUAUGGGGCUCCCUUCCUCUGGAGCCCAGGUCUUCUCCAGUCAGUGGCAGUUUGUGCUUUGCUCCUGAUGAUUCAGCUCCUAGUAUCCUGAGUGCAGGAGAGCGAGCUGGAGUAAAGAGCAGUGCCACUCAGGCAAGAUUGAAAUGGGGUGCUCCAUUUGCUAAAGACUGGAGCCUUAAUGCAGUGACAAGGGACUUCAGUCAUGCAGUCCCUGUCUCUGUAUUGCACAGAUAUGAAUGCAUUGACUCAAACACAUGGAGGACCAACAUUUCGGGUGACAUCCAGCCAGAAACCCUCACUUGUGGGGUGGGCUCUGGAGGGCUAGUGGGUACAGCAGCACAGUCCUCCUGCAAUUGCUCCCCUCCUUUCAGACGCCAGUCCCAGGCAAAGCCAGCUCUUGAAACUGGUAGUCUUUAUGUUCACACAAAAAGUCAUUCCCCUGAAAAGGUUCUUAAAGGAGAAGAGACAUCUAAUGGGGCAUCCCCAUGUGCUGUACCUUGGAGGAGAGACCUUCCAGCCAGUAUCUAUCCAAAGGGUCUGCAGGUGUCACUGGAGACAGAUUUGGGGGAGGCUCAGAUGAAUGUUGAUGUAGCUGUGUAUGGAACUCCAAGGGAAGUGCGUGUGAGAGUCACUCCUGGAGAGUUUAGACCAGUCCAGCAGUUUAGUACUAAAUCUGUAGAAGUCACCAACUCCAAACCUCACAUUAAGUCCAGCAAAGAGUCAGGAGAGGUGUGUGACUCUAGAUCACAAGCAGCCAGAAUGGCUGUGGUGGGCAGCAGCCAGUCCAGCCCUUCCGUUAUUCAGGUUGAAGAAGGCUUUGGUGGUUAUUCUGACGUAGAUUGUAGGAAUGUGAGCAGAGAAAGAAGGAGAAACAAAUACUCUCAGCAAAGGAGCUGGAGGAAUUGGGAAGCUGAUUCCAACCUCAACCAGUCUGAAGAACCUUCUGUGGAGAGGAGUGCCAAAGAACCACGGUGCUCUGAAGAAGGGAGCCAGACACGGGAAGCUGUGUCCAGAGAGGUCUCAGAGAACAGCUUCUGGUCAUUGAAGGUGAAUGAGCAAAGUUUCCAGCACUUACGUGACAGACAAAUGCUAGCUAGGUGUUUCCAAGCCUGGAGAAGACAAGUCCUCUGGAAAAGGGCUGCAGCCAGGCAGCUUUACAGACAGCAAUUGCUUCAGAAGGGCCUCGGUGCUUUGCAGAGGGCUGUGCGCCAGAGGAGGGUGCAGCUAGAGGAGGCCCAGCAGAGGCAUGCCUCAGCUCUGCUAGCUGUCAGCUUCUACAGGUGGAAGGAAGCUGUGGCAAAAGAGAGCAAGAAGCAAGCUCCACAGCCUGAGCUAUAUUCUACCCAUAGUUCAUCAGUGGGGGGUUUUGAAGUAGGAAGAUUAGCAACUAUGACAACCUCAGCUGAGCACCAGCUUACAGAAGGAUACUCAAAGACGGCUGAGCAGGCUUGUAGGGUGGAAGGAAAACUGUGGACACAGCUUCAUCGUAGGCAGAGAGGAGAUGAGUUCUGCUUGGGAGCUCAGGCAAUCAGAGAUAUGAGACGACUAGCUGUAGCUUUCAGACUGUGGCGCCUGCAGAAGGAGCUGCUGAGCAAAGAGGAAGCCAGGCUUUUGGAAGCCCGUGCUCUGCUGGAAAAGAAGCAGCUAAGAAACGUUUUCUGGGUGUGGCGUUCCCGAUGCUUGGAAAAGGAACAGAUCUCAGCGCUGACAACUCGCAUCCAAAGAAACUUGGUCGCCCGGUGCUUCUAUGCAUGGAAGGAGACUGUGGAGCAGAAGGCACUUCACAGGUGCAACCUGGCCCAUCUCAGAGCAGUAUCACUGAGGAAAUACUUCCAGCAGUGGGUUCAGAGGCUGCAGGUCAGAGAAGGUGAUAAGCAGGCAAUGGCAAACUUCCUCCUCCUUCGAUGGAGGCAGCAUUAUGGACCAGUUAUAAGCUCAGUAGCUGACAAGACUGUGACAAAGAGGGAUGAAGAGAGAUGGUUUCCAGAGAAAACAGGCUACUCUCUUGAUGACUUCUGCCAAAAGGUGAAGCUCCAGAGAGUCUAUCUGCUGUGGAAAGCAAGGCUGUGCGAGCAUCACAGAGCCAAGUGA